UUUCUCAUAUGGGACUAGGCGCAGCAAACAACUCGUCUGUAAAUGCAUCUUAGAGAAAGCAGUCAUGUGUGUCAACACAAGCUCACCGUGCAAAUGUGUGACAAGUGACAAUCCUUGUGAACCAUGCAGGAUGACGGUCAAAGACAGGGAAACGGAAGAGGUCCACCUGUCCAACAACAUAAACGCAGUGGGUCAAACGGAGAGCGCGAGUGAACCUGACCUGAACGACUCGUCUACUGAGGUUGUGAGGGAACGAAGCAGAAACUGGGGAUGGAUGCUGUCCGGGAUCAUCUGUGUAAACAUUUUGAUCCUGGGCUGUGCCUUGGUCAGCGGCAGUGCUUACAACAAUGUCAAAAUCAGCACUCCCGACCUGCAGGUCUUCCUCAUCAUCAUCCUCCUGCUCACCUCCAUCUGGAUGGUUUACUAUGUCAUCUACACAGCCAGGACGGAAAAUGCUGUGGUUUACAAGGAUGACCACGCUGGACCUGUAUGGCUCAGGGGAGGACUUGUGCUAUUUGGACUCCUCAGUAUUAUAAUGGACAUUUUCAAGAUAGCGAGCUACGUGGGAUACCUCCACUGCGAUUCUGCUGUAAAGGUGGCAUUCCCUGUGGUGCAACUUGUUUUUAUACUUAUACAGACAUAUUUUUUGUGGGUCCAUGCCAAAGACUGUGUGCAGCUACAAAGGAAUAUUUCACGCUGCGGGUUGAUGCUUACCCUUUCCACAAAUCUAGUUUUAUGGAUGACUAAUGUCACAGAGGAGUCCCUUCACCAAACAGAUCUUCCCGACUAUCCGGGCAACACUACCAAACUGUCUGGAAGACACUUAUACAUCACCAAAGCGGGUUAUGGUGACGAUAAGUGCAAGUGCAGCCACACUUCAUGCAGCAUGUUCAAGGAGGCCUACUACUACCUGUACCCUUUCAACAUCGAGUACAGCCUGUUUGCCUCCGCCAUGGCCUACGUCAUGUGGAAAAACGUAGGCCGAGUAGCGGCCGAGCACGGCCACCACGACAUCAAAUUCAGUCUCAGGGAUAUAUUUCUCGGUCCUGUUUUUGGAGUCCUCUUAGUGUUCACUGGUCUGGCAACAUUUAUUGUGUAUGAGAUGGAGAUGAAAAAAGAUGACCACGAUGCCGACAAGAAAGACCAAGCAGUGAUGAUGCACUUUGUCAUGAAUAUCGUCAUAGUGACCCUGAUGUCUGUGUCCUCUGUGAUCGGCUGUGCCAUCUACAGGGUAGAUCACAGGGAGCAUGUGUCAGAGAAAAACCCCACACGGAGUCUGGAUGUGGGGCUGCUGGUGGGAGCCUCACUGGGACAGUUCAUCAUCAGCUAUUUCAGUAUCGUAGCUAUGGUAGCAACUGGAGCCAAAGGAUACCUGAAUGGGCUAAAUUUGGCCUGGUCUAUACUGAUGGUGAUCCAGCUUGGCCUACAGAACUUUUUCAUAAUUGAAGGUCUGCAUCGAGAGCCCUUCCAUGAAGUAGAACCAGUCGCUGUCGUUCCAAAUCCAUAUGUGCUGGAGCCGAGCAAAGAUCUCAGCAUCCCUGAAGGACCAGUCAUGGACACAAAACCCAACCCCGAGCUCACAACGCACAGCCACACACCUGAGCACAGACACAAGCUGGUAUGGAAGCGACGGGUGUUGAAGGAAGUCUGUGUAUUUCUUCUGCUGGGCAACAUCAUACUGUGGAUCAUGCCUGCAUUCGGUGCACGUCCCCAGUUUGACCACGACACUGAAACGGAAUUCUACAAAUUCAACAUGUGGGCUGCUGUUGUGAAUAUCGGACUUCCUUUUGGCAUCUUUUACAGAAUGCAUUCAGUUGCCAGUCUGUUUGAGGUGUUUCUGUGCUCAUAAUGCAGGAGCGUAGGACGAGUACAGCUAACUGUUCUAACUUUAUAAAACUUCUUUUGUAUAAAUUGUUGUUUCUUAGAUGAUUUAUUCCUGUACAGAUAUGUGAAACAGAAUUUGACUAACAAAUGUUUUGACUUUGUUGUCUCUCAUAUGUAGCAUGAACAUGUGACAAGAGUAUUUUGAAAAGUCACAAAACUAUUUAAUUGUAAUCCGUGUAUGGUUCGCUCAUUCGUUUUCCGUUUCAAAAUAAAAUGAGAAAAAACAUAUAAUCGCUUUGUUUUUUUUCGUUUAAAAAUUAAAUUCGAAAAACAAAAAGUAAAGAAAGAAAAACCGCUGCGUUUUUACAAAUUUUAAGGUUUAAACGAAAGAAAAAGCCGUUUCCCAUUUGGAAGCUAUCGGGAGAACCGGAAAUCAAAGUCAUAACUCCUGACGACUUGUCUUCACUUCUCUGUCCCAAACUCCGCACCACGUACUUUGAAAACAGCGAAGACAUGUUUGUCUUAUUUUGAGGGAGUCGAUGCAUCACUGAGAUCAUCAGCUCUCAGUGUGUGAACAAAAUUGCUUUAAUAUUCCAAGUAAGUAUUUUUAAAUAUUAAAAUGUGAAGAACUCGGGCGAUUCCCACCUGUGCCAGUUUAACUGGUGAUCAGUUAAUUGGUGAUAGUUUCAGUCUCCAGAUGUUUCGUCGCAGAUUCGUCCCGACCAGACCUGGCUGUGUGUGAAAUAAAGAUACUACAUAAAGAAGACCUCGCGAAAAUCGUCGGCAUCACUACUUAAUAAAGUCUGUAUCCAUGUAAAUAUCACCCACAGACAGUAAAAAGAAAUGUGCUGGUCGCAAAAUUAUUGGAGCCAUCAGUUGGCUCCUGAUUGUCAUACUACAACCCUUGGUCCGAAUUUUAAGGAUUUUUUUCUUAUAUAGAGUGAAGUUAUUGAAUUUUAUUACCAAUGAAAAUUCCUUAAAAUUCAGAUUUUUAAUUUAUUACCAAACCAAGAGUUGUAGUAUGACCAGCAGGAGCUCACUGAUGGCUCCAGUGAUUUUGGUGACACUACAGUAAACAAGAGUGAAGUUGUUGAAUUUUAUGACUAAUAAAAUAAUAAUAAAAUAAUAAAAAAAUUCCUUAAAAUUCAGAUUUUGCAUUUAGUGUCAAACCAAGAAUUUUAGUAUGACCAGCAGGAGACAAUUGAUGGCUGCAGGAAAUUUUGUGUCACUGCAGUGUAUAAAAGUAAUUGAAUAUUUGUGUAGUGUGCCUCUUCGCUGUUGCAGCGGUUUUGCUAUUUGCAGACGGUCCCUGUUCACUCGUUGCACAGCCAGCUGCUCAUAGACAUCAAUGUUAUUUCUGCAGCUUGAAAGAAGGCGACUUUAGAUAAAACUGGCCUUGUAGUACAUUGUCUAGCUUACAACGAUGGGAAAGAGGCAUUGUUUAUGUUUUUACAACGUAUAUCUCAUGAGUUAUUGAGGCCGGAAGUCCGAAUCUGUGAAUAUCUUGCCAACUUUACCUAACUUCUUUUAGUUUACUGUCUGUAGGUGAUAUUUACAUGGCUAUAGACUUCAUUAAGUAGUGAUGCCGACGUUUUUCGGCGAGGUCUUCUUUAUCUAGUAUCUUUAUUUUACACACAGCCAGGUCUGGUCGGGACGAAUCUGAGGAGGAAACAUCUGGAGACUGAAACUAUCACCAGUCAUCCUGAUCACCAGUUAAACUGGAACACCGGCACCAAUAGAUGACCAAUAUCCCGUCAAAAACUGUUGUCCACAUGUAAGAUCUGACUGUAAAACACACAAAAGUGAAACGUAACAUUCAACAGUUAAUAAAGUAUGGCACUGAAAAUAACCUAUGUGGUGAAGAGAACAAAUUACAGCUCUCUCCAAAUCAGCAUUGGACACAUGAUUGCGUCCUCUUAAACUGUUCUCCAUGCAGAACCUCCUGACUCUCAUUAUAGAGCAACGUGGAGCUCCAUGAUUUCUGCGUUGGUUUUCCACUCUUUAAGAGAAUGAAAUAGGAAAAGGGCUCGAGCACAGCCAUUCUAGAUGUGCCCACGGUCCAGACCAGCUCUAAACUGUUCUUCCUCGGCGACUUCCGGUGUUGCUACAAAAUAAAACAAAAGCAGUAUUUUGUAUUUCGGGUUUAAAAAGCUAGAGCAAAAAAAACACCACUGUAGUUUUUUCAUUAGUUAAAUAAUACAUUUCUACAUUUAGGUUUUAAAAACGGGAAAAAAAAUCGUGGUUUGUUGUUUUUUUUAUUUUGAAACGGAAAAACGAAUGAGCGAACCAUACAUACAUAAUUAUGUAGUUGAAUUUGUAUGACUUGAGUUGCACUUCAGACUGUGUAUGCACAAAAUAAAAGCAAGCAAUGACGGAAUCACAGUAGAAGAGAAUGAUUCAUUGCACCAGCAAUUAUUGUCAUUAUCAUUAAUAUCAUUCUAAUUAUUAUUGGCACGGUUGUUAUGAAAUAAUAAACUAGGUAUGUUUGGA